AUUGUUAGUUAGUUCUCCUACUCCCAACUACAUAUCUUCAAUGCCCAAUCUAUCUUCUUCUUCCUCCUCCUCUUCUAUUUAAUUUUCCUUUCUCUCUCUCUCUCACAGAUUCCUCAUCUGGGUCUUCCUCGUUUUCUCCGCUUAAGCAAUGAAGGUCACCGUCGUCUCCCGCAGCGGCAGAGAAGUCCUCAAGGGUCCCCUCGACCUCCCCGAUUCGGCGACUGUUGCUGAUCUGCAGGAAGCAUUUCAUAAGAGAGCUAAGAAGUUUUACCCGUCGAGGCAAAGACUGACUCUUCCUGUGGCUCCUGGAUCGAAAGACAAACCUGUCGUCCUCAACAGCAAGAAAUCACUCAAAGACUACUGUGAUGGAAACACAGACUCUUUAACUGUAGUCUUUAAAGACUUGGGGGCACAAGUCUCUUACCGCACGCUCUUCUUCUUCGAGUAUCUCGGUCCACUCUUAAUCUACCCGCUCUUUUACUACUUCCCUGUUUACAAGUUCCUUGGCUAUGGAGAAGACCGUGUGAUCCAUCGAGUGCAGACGUACGCUAUGUACUACUGGUGCUUUCACUACUUCAAACGGAUCUUAGAGACGUUUUUUGUCCAUCGGUUCAGCCACGCAACCUCCCCAAUCGCGAAUGUGUUCAGGAACUGUGCUUAUUACUGGAGCUUUGGUGCUUACAUUGCUUACUACGUGAACCAUCCCUUGUACACACCGGUCAGUGACCUUCAGAUGAAGAUUGGUUUCGGGUUUGGUUUGGUUUGCCAAGUCGCAAACUUUUACUGUCACAUUCUGCUGAAGAAUCUUAGAGACCCCAAUGGCUCUGGAGGCUACCAGAUUCCACGUGGUUUCCUCUUCAACAUUGUUACAUGUGCUAAUUACACUACAGAGAUUUACCAAUGGCUAGGAUUCAAUAUCGCUACUCAGACCAUUGCAGGAUACGUUUUCCUCGCUGUCGCCGCUCUAAUCAUGACCAAUUGGGCUCUUGGAAAGCACAGUCGUCUGAGAAAGAUAUUUGAUGGAAAAGAUGGAAAACCGAAGUAUCCAAGAAGAUGGGUGAUAUUGCCUCCGUUCCUGUAGAAGCCAUUGUUAUGACCUUCGUUUGUCAGUUAUACAGCUCUUAAUAAGGUUGAAAAAGGAGAUUCUAAAGAUCUGUGGUUUCUCUGUAUUGGUUGUAACACUUUUGUUUAUUCCUUUUGCUUUAAAAUGUUUUUUAUUUGAGUUAGAGAUUUAGAAAUGUGCUCCUUUUAUUAUUCCUCAAGCAAACCAGUUUCUCCA